UCCUUUCCGCCGCCACCGAUGACGACGCCUCCCACGGCGCCGCCGCCGACGCACCACCGCAACAAGGCGCCCGCGCCAGCGCCGAGCCCGCGCCGCCACCACAAGGCGCCCGCGCCAGCGCCGAGCCCGCGCCGCCACCACAAGGCUCCUGCGCCCGCGCCGGGGCCGAGCCGCGAACACCACAAGAAGGGGCCCGUCGCGGCGCCGCCGCCCAAGGCCCGAUCCGUGGUCGAGGCCACGCUCGCGGCGCCUGCGCCGGCGCCGGCCCCGGGGCCCAUGUCCUCGGCGGCGGCGAGCGGGGGCCGUGGACGUGUGGCGAUGGGGAUCGGGAUAUCGGGGGCGUUGGUGCUUAUUUGUGCUUAUACAUGCUUGUGUUAAUAAUAAUAAGACAAUUCAACAAUCAAACAAAUGUAAUGUUUGAAAAACGUUA